AGACGUGUAACAUGAAAGCACCCUUCCCACACGUUAACAAUUUACGGUAUUCUUAAUGUAUGUCCGAGUGUCACAUAUAAUGUUAGAUAGAUGUGCCCACACAGUAUGAUAGUCUAUAGCCUUCCUUACGCAUGACGUACAAGUUUACAGUCACUUCUACCACCCUGGGUAGUGAUGGAUAUGUCAAAACUGCACGGGGGAGCAGAAAUAUUAAUUGGGAAGUCAGAAUUCUGGCUAUCAGUAAUAAAGCAAAACCACUGUGGGUUCUGUACUGUAGUUAAGGGCUGUGUUUAUCGGCUUAGGGACUCAGGGGUGCCUUUCUGCAGCAAGCAGUGUCUAGGACGAAACUUAGACCUCUCCUCAGUGAAAUGGGGAAGCAAAUCGAAUUUUUAAAGAACAAGACAGCGCAUGACGAAGACACGAUUAGCGCCGUAAGGAAAACGGCAUACUUCUGUAAUUCUGAUUGGAGCGGCGAGUGAAAGGUUUCCUGCAACUCUUUGUUAAAAAUUUGUCAUGGCAAAUUUGGAAUACUAUCAGUUUGAAUGCAGAAGUCUUUCGCUUCCUAAAGACCGAACGCAAAGCGCAAUCCGCUAAAUUCUACAUGUAGGGAGACGGGAGCGGGCUGGAAGCUCCCAGCGCAGGCAACAAGGCUCGCAGGAGGCCCGAUGGCGGCUGGUACGAGCUCCCCGGUGCGUUUAUUGCAGUGAUGACGGAAUGCCGGUCCCUCUUGUCCCGGGAACGCCGCCGAUACCGGUAUGCCCUUGCACUUGACUGAUGUCGUCUCUGGGAAUAUGCCAGCCUGCCGGCGACGGCGCGCUAAACUGUUCAGGGAACAGACACGGGCCGAGCCACCGAUCAGUCAUCCCGAGAACACGACGCGAACGGCGCCCGAGGCGACACGACAGCCACACGGCAUGUCCCGGGACCCUGGAGGGUUGGCAGGGGGGCAGGGAUGUCGGAAAUGGCGAGCAAUGCUUGCGUGAUCGGGAGAAAUGUGAGGCUUUCAAUCUGGUCUCGUUCACACGUCCCCUCAGGCAACGUCGCCAGGCCAGGCGACAAGUGACGCAUGUCUGCCCCUCCAACAACACCGGUGCUGAAACUGGGAAACAGGAAAAGAUGCCACCGUCGGCAGAGGGGCAUGGACUAAUCAGCAUUGUAAAUCAGUUGGAGAGAACUUCAGACGGGGUCACUGCUCCCCCGCAGGCACCAAAACAGAGCGGAGCACAGAACGACUGAGCACACACGUCCGUCCCGGGACAACGCCG